CUGAGCCGUCGGUGGACUCUCCGCUCGUCGGUGGCCUGCACGGACUGGAAACCCGAACCCAAGCGUCACCGAACCGGCCCGCCUCUCCGCCCGGGGCCCGCCGCCGAGCAGCUGCUGCGGUUAUCCACGAAGAGAACCGGGAAGCAAAGAGCCACAUUUCUGUCCUCCACACACGUCGGGCUUCCAUCCUCCGGGCGCUGGGGGACGGUCGGUGCCAGGGAACCUCCACGGAUAGGUCUCCUCCGCCGCCGCCUCGUCGCUGUGACGGCUGCAUGCAGCACCGGAGCCCCGCGGCGCGACUCCUGCUCAUUCCAGCUCCUUCCAGCUCCUUCCAGCCGCGGCCCCGAUGCUGAGGGAUGGAUAGCGUGCAUGUGAAAGGUGGGAGGAUGGUCCGGGGCGACGACCCCCCUCAGCCGGAGAGGGACGGCGGCCGUGGUGGUGGUGGUGGCGCAGCGAUGGCCGCGCUCCACCAGUGCGAACUCAUCCAGAACAUGAUCGACAUCUCCAUCUCCAGCCUGCAGGGGCUGCGCACCAAAUGCGCCGCGUCCAACGACCUCACGCAGCAGGAGAUCCGCACUCUGGAGGUGAAGCUGAUGAAAUACAUCUGUAAACAGCUGCAGUGCAAGCAGAAAGUGCCGGAGACGGAGAGGCCCGAGGCCCUGGACAGCUACCCACGCUUACGGGAUUGGCUACGCACCAUCAACCUGCGGCCGGAGCUCACCGUGGCAGUGGAAACAAAGUUGUCCCUGGAUGCCUUACUGCAGAUGACUAGUACUCAGGUGAGGGACACCAUGAGAAAACUCGGGUCCAGUUCAGAGGAAUGUGCCAGACUCGGUGCUGCCCUCUCCUGUCUGAAGGGUGCCACUGAAUCAGGAGGUGAACUGAGGGAAGACAGCGGCCUGUGGAUGUCUGAGCCCAUCAGGAGGGACAGUGGCUCGCUACUGACCGCAGACCAGCUGACAGGCCUGGGCACCCCCCUGCGUCCUCACAGCCCCUCGCCUCUUGCCCGACCCUCCACCAUCCACUCCACCCCGUCCACACCCUGCCCCACCUUCCCUCACCACCGCUCGGGCUCCAUGUCGGCGGCGCCCACGCCUGAAGCCCUGGCAUCACACCUCCACGGCGACAGCCCCCUCACGGAUCCGUUCCCCAUGCCCCUAGCUCGCACGGCCCGCCUCCACGGACGCACCUCCACCCCGCCCAUAACUCCACCUUCCAAGAGGCGUCACCGGCUGAAGCCCCCCUGCACUCCUCCGCCUCCCUCCCGCAAAGUGCUGCAUCUACUUCCCAACAUAUCGCUGACCCGCAGCAAAAGCCACGAGUCCCAGCUGGGCAACCGCAUCGAGGACCCGCCCACCAACAAAUGUGUUGGAACAAGGAGGAACAAGUUGUUCCUAAAUAUGCAAGUCAACGGGAACGGCUGCGAGGACCUGCCCUCCCGCUACCCCACCGUGUCGGCGCGCACGCCAGGGGUCACCCCGACCCCCACCACAGCACCUUACACUCUGCCUGGCACACCCACCCUAAUGGAAGACUACGGCACCAUUAAGAAUAAUGUAGCAGUGCAUCGCGGCUCCCCACAAGCAGUGAGGAGGGACAUCGGCCUAUCAGUCACACACAGGUUUUCAACCAGGUCCUGGCUCUCCCAGACAUGUCAGGUGUGCCACAAGAACAUGAUGUUUGGGGUGAAGUGCAAACACUGCCGGUUAAAGUGCCACAACAAAUGCACAAAGGAAGCUCCAUCCUGCAGAAUCUCCUUUCUACCAAUUGCCAAAAUCCGGAGGACUGAGUCUGUUCCGUCUGACAUAAACAACCCGGUGGAUCGGCCAUCAGAAGCACCGCAGUUUGGCACGCUACCAAAAGCCAUUACAAAAAAGGACCAUCCUCCAGUGCUGAACCAGCUGGACUCCAGCAGCAAUCCGUCCUCCACCACCUCGUCCACGCCCUCCUCGCCGGCGCCCUUCCCGCAGAGCAACCCCCCCAGCGCCACCCCGCCGCCCAACCCCUCGCCCAAAGGUCAUCGGGACAUUCGCUUCAACUUCCCUGCUGCCUGUUACUUUCAGCAUAGACAGCAGUUUAUCUUCCCCGAUGUCUCCAGUCCUGUUCAUUUGCACCCUGACGUCCUACGAGACACUGUCAGUGGGAUAGAGCAAUCGGACGACGUACACGCUGAGCUGGUUGAAGAUGAAGACGAAGAGGAAGGGGAGGAGGACAUCGAGGCCGAAGAUGAAGACGCAGAGGAGGAGAACGAGGAAGAAGAGGAGGAGAAUGACGAGGAGGACGAGGAAGACGACGAGGACAUCAGGAUGAGCAUGGGCUCCGACGGGGAGCUGGACGUGGACGAGCUGGACGAUCUGCCCAGCUCGCGGGGGAACCAGUGGAAGGGCCCCAUCUCCCGCAAGGCCAGCCAGACCAGCGUCUACCUCCAGGAGUGGGACAUCCCGUAUGAGCAGCUGGACCUCGGGGAACUCAUCGGAAAGGGCCGCUGGGGCAGAGUGCACAAGGGUCGUUGGCAUGGCGAGGUCGCGAUACGGCUCCUGGAGAUCGACGGAAACAACCAGGACCACCUGAAGCUCUUUAAAAAGGAGGUGAUGAACUACAGGCAGACCAGACAUGAGAAUGUGGUCCUCUUCAUGGGGGCCUGCAUGGCUCCACCGCACCUCGCCAUCAUCACCAGCUUCUGUAAAGGGAGGACGCUGUAUUCUGUCGUCAGAGACACUAAAAACACUUUGGAUAUUAACAAGACCAGACAAAUCGCUCAGGAGAUUGUAAAGGGAAUGGGCUACCUGCACGCCAAGGGCAUCGUUCACAAGGACCUGAAGUCCAAGAACGUCUUUCACGACACCAAUAAAGUCGUGAUCACGGACUUCGGGCUGUUCGGGAUCUCUGGGGUCGUUCAGGAAGGGAGGCGUGAGAAUAAACUCAAACUUCCCCACGGCUGGAUUUGUUACCUGGCACCAGAGAUCGUGCGCAGGAUGAGCCCAGGGAACAACGAGGACCGGCUCCCGUUCUCCACCGCAGCCGACGUGUACGCCUUCGGCACCAUUUGGUAUGAGCUUCAAGCGAGGGACUGGCCAAUCACCAAUCAGCAUGUGGAAGCUACCAUCUGGCAGGUGGGGAGCGGAGAGGGCAUCAAGAAGGUGCUGGCCGAGAUCAGCCUGGGCAAGGAGGUCACUGAGAUCCUCUCCGCCUGCUGGGCGUACGACCUGAGGGACCGGCCGCCCUUCACCCAGCUGGCCGACAUGCUGGAGAAGCUGCCCAAGCUCAACCGCAGGCUGUCCCACCCCGGACACUUCUGGAAGUCUGCAGAGUUGUAGCGGGCGCACUGAAACAUAAGCAAUGCACAACAAAGCCUGGGUCUGCCUUGCAUGCUCCUGAAUCCUUAACUCUUGCAGGAUUGAACAAAGCGUUGCCUCUGCCUGAAAACAGACACUGCUUCCACUAAUCCACGGGCUGAUCUUCCGUGUCUAACCGUCUCGCGUUUCCUUAGAGGAGGAUUGGUUGAC